CUCGGGGCGGGUCGCCGGGCGUCCCCGCUCUGCUCGCGCAACCCGCUGAAGGCGAUGUUGAUGUUGUGCCGUGCUGGUUCCUUCGGACUCGGCUCUCGGGACACUUGAUUGAGAGAUCGGGGAUGACCGCGAAGCCGAAGGGGCCGCGUGGGUUGUCGCUGGUAGACGGUGCUUGGCGUUUCCCCCAGACAGCGCGCAGCGAGGCUGCCUCACGGACGUCAGGCGUUUCUGGUACCAGAGCCCAGCAGUACGCUUGGCCUCUGUAUCAGACGGAGGCACCAUCUGGAGGAAGUGGGGAUGGUGAGGAGCCCCGGGGACAGGAGCCAUAGCAUCAGAAGGUACCUCAUCUUUAGGUUGGCCCCACUGCCACCACCAGGAAUCUCUGCAGCUUUGUUGUGUUUUCCAUCCAGGAGAGUGUGGGCUGCUGCUGGCAGCUACAGGAUGAAGUCGCCUCCCUGCUGCAUGUCUCUUAAUUCCCAAGCGUCCCUGGAGGAACAAGGCAAUAGCACAUCGCUGGGCUCCCUGGACUGCAGUGUUUUCUCCAGCGAGGAGGAGCAGGGGCCCCUGCUGCAGAAGGUUGUUCCUUCCUUGGACUGCUUUACAAUCAAUGUGGGAGGCAGCCGCUUUGUGAUGUCCCAGCAAACUUUGUCUUGCUACCCCGACACUCGUCUUGGCAAACUGGCCGUGGUGGUCUCCGCUGCCCGGGAUGUUGCCUCUGGCCUCCUUGAGCUCUGUGAUGAUGCUAACCUGGUGGAGAAUGAGUAUUUCUUUGACCGGAACUCGCAGGCAUUUCACUACAUCCUGAACUACUACCAGACAGGGAGACUGCAUGUGAUGGAGCAGCUGUGUGCACUCUCCUUCCUGCAGGAGAUCCAGUACUGGGGCUUGGAUGAGCUCAGCAUCGACUCCUGCUGCAGAGAUCGGUACUUCAGGAGGAAGGAGCUGAGUGAAGCCUUAGACAUCAAGAAAGAUGCUGAAGAACUGGAUGCUCAAGAUGAGGAAGAGGACUUUUCUGGUAGCCUCUGUCCCAGUGUCAGACAAAAACUUUGGGAAGUUUUGGAAAAGCCUGGUUCCUCUGCAGCAGCCAGGACUUUUGGCACUUUAUCCAUGGCUUUUGUUGUUGUGUCCAUUGCCAACAUGGCUUUGAUUUCAGUAGAGCUAAGCUGGCUGGCACCACCACUACUGGAUGCCCUUGAGUACCUGUGCAUUACAUGGUUCACUGUGGAGUUUGUUCUGAGGUUCCUGUGUACACGGGAUCGGUGUCGCUUUCUGAGGAAUGUGGCAAACAUCAUAGACCUCCUUGCUAUUUUACCUUUCUACAUUACACUGCUGGUAGAGAGUCUGUGUGGUGGGGAGAGCUCCCAAGAACUGGAGAAUGUGGGGCGCAUUGUCCAAGUGCUGAGGCUGCUCAGAGCGCUGCGGAUGUUGAAGCUGGGAAGACAUUCAACAGGGUUGCGGUCCCUUGGAAUGACAAUUGCACAGUGCUACGAGGAGGUUGGCCUGCUGCUGCUUUUCCUUUCUGUAGGAAUCUCUAUAUUUUCCACAGUGGAGUAUUUUGUUGAGCAAGGUGUGCCAGGCACAACAUUCACAAGCGUACCUGGUGCUUGGUGGUGGGCAACAACAUCCAUGACAACUGUUGGUUAUGGUGACAUUAGACCAGAUACAACUGUUGGUAAGGUAGUGGCCUUCAUGUGUAUACUGUCAGGAAUACUAGUUUUGGCUUUGCCAAUAGCUAUCAUAAAUGACCGGUUUUCUGCCUGUUACUUUACACUGAAGAUAAAAGAAGCUGCUCUUCGGCAGCGUGAAGCUUUAAAGAGACUCAUGAAGAACUCAUCCAGUGACUCAAAUAUCAAUGUUAAUUUGCGAGACAUAUAUGCACGCAGUGUCAUGGAUAUGUUACGACUGAAAAGCAGAGAGCGAGCGAGCACAAGGAGCAGUGGAGGAGAUGACUUUUGGUUUUGACUUUUAAGUUAUU